AUGUCUGAACUACGAAUUAAAGAAAUAAUUGACCCCGGACAUCCUCUUCUGGAGGAAAAUCGAGCAAAGAUCGAAUCCAUUGCACGCAAAACCUGUACGUAUAGCUUAGAGAAUGCACUACAGCUCGAUAUCUACUAUCCUUCUAUUCUAAGCUCAUUGAGUAGACCACCAAUACUCCUAUUCUUCUAUGGAGGGGGGUUCACAGACGGUACACGCAGCUCACAUCCCCAGAAUCUCGUUUACAACAACGUUGGAGCAUUUUUCGCCCGCCGUGAGAUCCUUACGGUCAUAGCUGACUACCGCUUGGUGCCUGGUGCAGUCUUUCCAGACGGCUCACAAGAUGUACGUGAUGCGCUAUUGUGGGUUAUGGGGAAUGUCAAAGAGGGUGAUGUCAAUCGUCUCUACGUAUUGGGGCACUCUGCAGGCGGCAUUCACGUAGUCUCUAUGUUUCUUAUGUCGAAGCUUUGUCACCCAAAGCUCGAGAAGGCGGUACUCGGCGUCAUCCUCAUGGGUGUGCCCUAUGAGAUUUCCAACGGCCGAGGUGCGAGACUCCGAGCGGCAGCAGAGAAGUACUACGACGGUGCUUCGAGGAUUGUGUCAAACCAACCUCUUGGACUUUUGUCUUUCGCUGACAGCUGUCACGUUUUCUUGAUACCGCCUGUGCGAAAUAUUCUGGCUGAGAGUGAGCCUCGCAUAAUAAAAAGAACUAAUCACACGUUCCUGGAAGCAUUCAAAGCUAAGGGAGGUACUGUUGAACAUUUCGUCCUUAAAGGACACGAUCACCUUAGUCCUUUACUUGCACUGAGUUCAGGUCGAGGUGAGAAAUGGGGGGAGGAAAUUGUUCAAUGGAUUAUGUCAUAA